UAUCGUACUUUCUCUCUCUACAUAACUAAUCACUUUCUCUCUCUAGAUUACUGCAAAAUUCUGUGUUCUAUCUGAUUGCAUUUCACUCCAAUCUGACUAACUCGGAAUCCAUUGUUUUGCUUUUGAGUGACUGCUCUAAUUCAACUGAGGAUUUUCAUUUGAGACUGAGGGUUGUGCUUUUUAGCUUGAUUGAUUCUGGUUCUUGAAAGUUCAAAGAUUCCAGUUUGUCAGUUCCAUUUUGAGGUGAAUCUUGUUAUUAAUCCUAGAGAUUCUUUAGAAAGGUAUCUGAAUUGAGAUGCUUGGGAGUUAGUUCUGUACUGGAAGUUGGUAUACGUGACAUAGAAGGUGAAUCACGUUAUUGGUGCUUUGUUAUUUCAUCAUCUGAUUGGAAUGAGGAGCAAAGGAGAAAGGAUUUGCCGCUAUGUAGAAUUCCGUAGUUUGGUUACAGAGUAUCAGUAGCUAAUUUAGUCUGAUCUCCAUUGCUAUCUUCGUUGGGGUCACUGAUUAGUUAGUUGUUGAGACGUGCAAAAUGCUGGAGACUCAACUAUGUCCUGCUCGGGUGUUAUCACCUUUCCGUGAAGAGAGUGGUGAUGAGGAACUGUCUGUACUUCCAAGGCAUACCAAAGUUAUUGUGACCGGAAACAACAGAACCAAGAGCGUUUUGCUGGGACUUCAGGGAGUUGUCAAGAAGGCUGUUGGGCUUGGUGGUUGGCAUUGGUUGGUUUUGAAAAAUGGGGUUGAAGUCAAACUACAAAGAAAUGCAUUGAGUGUGCUAGAACCUCCCACGGGAGAUGAAGAAGACGAUGAUUAUGACUUUGACAACUCAAGCAGUGGUUCAGACAUUGUUGAAAAAGAAACCCAUCACUUUGCCACUGGUGUCGAAUACAGAAAAGUGAGCAAGCCUAGAGUUCGUUAUACAAGGCCAUGGGCCUUAUCUGGACCACCAAAGACAAUGAGCCGUGGCAAUUGCAGAGAAGUUGAACCUAACUAUUUGCAACCGAGGUUGAACUUGGCAAAACUAGGAACUGGUUCAUUAUGGAGGUACUGGCGAAACUUCAACCUUGCACAUAUUAGCCCUAACCCAACGAAGGAACAACUGCUUAGUACAGUGCAGCAGCACUUCUCGUCACAGCGUGUCGAUGAGGUACAAGUGGUGGUGGAAUUUAUCCGUGCGGCCAAGCGAUUAAGAUCAACUGACACACAUUGACAUUUGUUGAUGAUGAUAGGGGAAAGUGGUGAAGAAGGUCGGAUUAUUAUCUGUAAUAUAAUGCAUAUAUAGAGUAAAUAUUUAUGAACCUCUAACUUAGUUCAGCUAAUUAUAGACUCUACUAAUGGAGACUUGACUGUGGUGGGAGCUUCUUUGUUAGCUACUCCCCCAAAUUGUCUCCCGGAUCCCUAACCUGGUAUUAUGCGGCUGUGAGCCGGUUGAUAUUUAUAACCUUCAAUUCUGGUGUGAUUCUACUUUAGUACUUUU